AAAGAAAAAAAGACCUUAUUGAAGUUGAAAGCAAUUUGUCCAAGUUAAAUAAGAAUAAUAAACAGCAAAAAAAUUAUCCAAGGCGUAACUAGACUGGCCAUAUUAGAUCCUAUAAUAGUUGAUAUCCUUUGUGAAAAAAAAAACAAACCCUGUUACAAGCAUUGAACAGCAAUACAAAGAAAUUUGUGUAAUCAAGGCAUCAUUUAAAAAUGUAUGUAAAAAAUAAUAAAGAUGGCGUAUUACUUCUUAAAAGUAACCAACAUCAAGUCUCUUUUAUCAAAGUACCUUUUCUUAAAAUCCCUGAAGAAAGUGAACUUGAUUCUUAUGAUUCCUCAGGAACACUUUUAGUAUUUUUUGGUUAUUUUUCUCAGAUCAAGAAUCUAUUUCUAAAUUGGGAAAAGCUUAAAGAGACAGUUACAAGUGUCUUGAAUUUGUGGAAAAUUGUCAAAAUACAAAUCUCUAUUCAAAGUUUCAUUUGUGAUUCAAUUAAACAAGGAAUUCAAGAUGGAACUUUUACUCCUGUAAAAUAUACUGAUCCAAGUAGCGCUCGUUUUUUUUUCUCGACUCUUCUUUCAUACAUGAUCCUUGAGCAUUUUAGUAAAUUUUCGACCAAAGUGAUGUGGAUCCUUGUUUACGUAAAUGAAAUCGAAUCAUUUCUCUUGAUGAAUAGCUUAAGUUGCUUCAAUGGUUAUUUGACAACCAAAAAAAAGGAAAAGAAAUAUAGUUCUUACUAUAUUGGUUGA